AUGAAAUCAGUACUAUCAAUCCAAUCACAUGUUGUCCAUGGCUACGUUGGUGGUCGAGCGGCCAUAUUCCCAUUACAAACACAAGGCUGGGAAGUAGAUAACAUAAACACUGUCCAUUUCUCCAAUCACACCGGCUAUGGUCAUUUCACGGGUCAAACUCUUGAUCGUAAUGAGUUAGCGCUGAUUUUAAACCAGUUGAUUAAUAAGUUGCAUAUUGAAUAUACUGCUGUCAUUACUGGGUAUGUACCGAAUGCUGAGUUGAUACUGUGUAUCAGAGAAUAUAUCGUUGACAUGAAGGGAAAAAGCGGAAACGAGUGUGGAAAGAAUGGAGGUGAAUGCAAUGGAACAGCAUCUCUGGAUGCUUCCAAUGCAUUUACGUUCUCGCAAUUGAUUUACUUGAUGGAUCCAGUAAUGGGAGAUAACAACUACAUGUACGUUGACCAAUCAUGUGUUGACGAGUAUCGUAAAUUGAGCCAUAGUGGGAUUGUUGAUAUAAUAACUCCCAACCAAUUUGAAUUAGAAUUACUCGUCGAUACCAAAAUCACCAAUCGUGAAACACUUCAAAAUUCCAUCUUGCAAUUACACAACCAAUGCCAUAUUCCAUAUAUUGUGAUCACAUCGGUUGAAUCCCAAGUCAUCAACCCAAACCUGACUGCUUCUCAAGAUGACAACUAUAUUUAUUGCAUUAUUUCUACAAAAUCGACACUGGCAAGUGAUGCUCAAAUGAGAAUGUUUCAAAUACCAACAAUCAAAUCGUACUUUACUGGUGUGGGGGAUUUAUUUUCAGCAUUGUUGUUGGAUAAAUUUGUUGCCAAUAACGUAUCAGGAUCUAGUGAUGCUUAUGACAAAUUGAGUAGAUUAUCUAAAUCAGUCAAUCAAGUAUUGACAAUAAUGGCGAGAACUUUGAAAUUGACACACAAAUUAGGUAUGCAACAAGCCAGGUCGGCAUUGUCUCACAGCAAUAAGAGCUUUCAAGUGGAGAAGCAUACCGGAAGCGAUGAGAAUGGUGCCACCGUUGAUGUCAACACUGUGUCUAAGGAAGAGGAGAUUGUUGGCAAGAUAAAUGAUGGUGAAACGAUGAAGUAUUUUGAAUUGAAAGUUAUACAAGCCAAGGAGUUUUACAAUUAUGAUGGAGAUGGUGAAUUUAAAGAAAUGAAACUAUGA